AGCAGUGAUCACUGAAGGGGAGUCAGUGUAUAAAGUCCUCCUUCUUCUUAGUAAUUUUCAUCAGUUGAGAGCUGACAAUCAUCGACUCAGUAACAGCCCGACAUAAAUUAUCUACUCUGAAUUGAAAAUGAAAACCAUUUUGUUAUGUUUGAGUGUCGCCUUUCUUGGAGUUCUCUCCGAGCCGGAAUUGACUGCGGAAGCUCAGCACUAUCCGAAACACGCCUAUCCGGCCUACCCUAGACCAUCCUAUCCAGCACCACCAGCUUAUCCUAAACCAACUUAUCCAACUGCACCGACCUAUCCCAAGUACCCGGCAUCACCAACUUACCCUAAGCCAGCCUAUCCUAAGCCAACUUAUCCCGCACCACCAGCAUAUCCUAAGCCAACUUAUCCAGCUCCCGCACCACCAGCUUAUCCAGCUGCCUAUGGCCCGAAGUACGAUUACUGCGACCCUCGCAAGGCACCAAAGUGCUCGAAUAAUGGCACCGAAACUUUUUGUCUUAAAGACACUGAAUACCCAGAGAAAGAAGUCAAAUACGCCAUCGAAUACGACCCGUUGGUGCUGAAGAAAUACGCAGAUGUUGCCGAUCAAUCGGCUGAUAAUUCGGUCGAGGGACUGACUUCUUUGGCCGAAGACCAUUUCGACUACUCCGACUACAACGGCAAGUUCAACGAAAAAGGACACUGGUCCGGCGAAGAGGGAUACAUCUGCCCUAGUGACGUCAUUUACGCUCGUCCUGCUCGCGCAAUGAACGUCGAUGGAGAAUGGCGGGUCAUCGUCCAGGACAUCGCCUGGCCUGGUUACACCCAGACUCAACGCUUCGAAACUUGUUUGUUCCCCGGUGCAGCUUGUCGUACCCUGGCCCCUUGUUUCGGCAGCAAAUGUCUGCAAAAAUACGUUUACCAGCGGAUGCUUUCCUUCGAUCCUUGCGAUCCCCAGAAGGGAAUCUUCAUCGACAUCUACAAAUUGCCAUCGACCUGCUCUUGCCACAUUCCCGCCGGACUUCACUAAACGACCCAAAACACUAAAAUUCUCUAUUAUGUAAUUCACCUUACUUUGACAAAGACAAAACGGCAUCUUGCAUGCUCAACUAACACUGACGACUGUUAACUAACACCUCCGUAUUAUCCAAAUAAAUGGGUCAUACAAAG